AUGAGCGAUGACAGCCAGCGCACGGGCCAUUGCCUGUGCGGCGCCGUGCGCUUUUCCGCAACGGUGAACAAGCCGCAUGUGGGCGCGUGUCAUUGCUCCAUGUGCCGCCGCUGGAGUUCGGCGCCUUACAUGGAAAUCGAGUGCGCCGGCGUCCGAUUCGAGGGCGAGGAGCACAUCACGCGCUUCCGCUCGUCGGACUGGGCCGAACGCGGCUUUUGUUCCAAGUGCGGCUCGAACCUGUUCUAUCGCAUCAUCGACAGUAACGAUUACCAGAUGGCCGUGGGCCUUUUUGACGACCAGUCCGGGUUGCGGUUCACACGUCAGGUCUUCACCGACGAGACCCCGGACUUUUACGCCUUCGCCAACGAAACCAAGAUGCUCACCGGCGCCGAAAUCUUCGCCAUGUACGUGACGCAGCUCAUCGCGCGUCGGGUGCGCGAGGCCGGCGUCUAUUCGGAGAUCGUGCCGUUCCAGUCGGCCGAAGAGGGCUUUGAGCGUCUCAAACCCAAGGCGGUGAUCCUGUCGGGCGGGCCGGGGAGCGUACCCGAAGAAGGCAGCCCCCGCGCGCCGGAGAUCGUCUUUCAGUCGGGACUGCCGGUUCUCGGCAUCUGCUACGGCCAGCAGACGAUGGCGGCGCAAUUGGGCGGUUCGGUCGAGAGCGGCCAUCAUCGCGAGUUCGGACGCGCCUUCAUGACCGUCGAUGCGCCAAGCCCGCUGUUCGAGGGCGUGUGGAGUGUCGGCGAACAGCAUCAGGUCUGGAUGAGCCAUGGCGACCGUGUCACGCAACUGCCGGACGGAUUUGAGGUGAUCGGCUCGUCGCCCAAUGCGCCGCUGGCUGCCACCGCCGACGAGGCGCGCCGCUACUAUGCCGUCCAGUUCCACCCCGAAGUGGUGCACACGCCCGACGGCGCGAAGCUCCUGUCCAACUUCGUGCACAAGAUCGCAGGCCUGAAGGGCGACUGGACGAUGGCCGCCUACAAGGAUCAGGCGAUCGCCGCGAUCCGCCAACAGGUCGGCGACGGCAAGGUCAUCUGCGGCCUGUCGGGUGGCGUCGAUUCCUCGGUCGCAGCGCUCUUGAUCCACGAGGCGAUCGGCGAUCAGCUCACUUGCAUCCUCGUCGACCAUGGGCUGAUGCGCCUGAACGAGGCGGCCCAGGUCGUCGCCAUGUUCCGCGAGCACUACAACAUCCCGCUCGUCCAUGUGGAUGCGUCCGACACAUUCCUCGACGCGCUCGAAGGCGAAAACGAUCCCGAGACCAAGCGCAAGACGAUCGGCAGGCUCUUCAUCGACGUGUUCGAAGCCGAGGCAAACAAGCUCGGCGGCGCCGAUUUCCUCGCCCAGGGUACGCUUUACCCGGACGUGAUCGAGAGCGUCUCCUUCACCGGCGGCCCGUCCGUGACCAUCAAGAGCCACCAUAAUGUCGGUGGCCUGCCCGAACGCAUGAACAUGAAGCUCGUCGAACCGUUGCGCGAAUUGUUCAAGGACGAGGUGCGCGCGCUCGGCCGCGAACUCGGCCUGCCGGAGCAGUUCAUCGGCCGCCAUCCGUUCCCCGGGCCCGGCCUCGCCCUGCGCUGCCCCGGCGGCGUGACGCGCGACAAGCUCGACAUCCUGCGCCAGGCCGAUGCGAUCUAUCUCGACGAGAUCCGCAAGGCCGGCCUUUACGACGCGAUCUGGCAGGCCUUCGCCGUUCUGCUGCCCGUCCAGACGGUGGGCGUGAUGGGCGAUGGCCGGACCUAUGAAUUCGUCUGCGCGCUGCGCGCGGUGACGUCGGUCGACGGCAUGACGGCCGACUUCUACCACUUCGACAUGGCGUUCCUCGGCCAGGCGGCAACCCGGAUCAUCAACGAGGUCCGCGGCAUCAACCGCGUGGUCUACGACGUCACAUCCAAGCCGCCCGGCACCAUCGAGUGGGAAUGA